CGUAGUUGUGAGUGGCUUGGUAUACACUCCCCCGCACUAGCAGGAUUACCAGGAGGUAUACACUUCCAAAGCCACGCUCGGUGUGUGGACAGUCCACAAUAGUACAGCCCCUCUACCUAACACAGGUAAUGUGGGUGGACGUACGCUUUGCCCCGGGGCAAUUAUCACCUAUUUUUAGACAAGUAAACGACUUUCUUUGCCAUUCAAAUCAAGCUAAGGUGAAUGCAUUGAAAUAGUUUGGGGACUGUAGCCAUAGAGAGAAGGUGAAAAUGUUUACAGGGACAGAUCAUUUACUUAGAACUGUGGACCGCAUUGAAACAAACACACACCAUCACAAUGUUGGAGUGUUUUUCUGUACACUCUUUGUUGUUAUCAGAAGUGGGAGACGUUGUGCAUAAAGCCAUUAAAAAUACAUGUAACAAUGCUAUGGAGGGCUUUAGUGUUACAGCGUUCCUGUGACUGUUGUUGAUUUACCCAAGAAGUAGGUUAGCCGUGACACACAUGGUGUAACACUGCAGACAACACCAACGAUGGUUAUACCCGAGUGAAAUUCAGCGUGACCAACUGAAAUUUACAUCCUGCUGAGGAGGAGUUACAUGCAAUACACAAUGACGAUGGUUCCAUGAAUUAAAAACUUUACACACUGAGUUUCAAGGAAAUAUUUACAAUGUCUGGCGUGGCAUGGUGGCGUCAGCUCAGACAGAGGAAACCUCACAGGUAACAGAUGAAGUGGACACUAUAAGGGAAGAUUUUUUAACUGUGAAGCACUUAACCAGGAACUUAUACAGGUGUAUAGCGUAGACAGAUUUGAACUUUAUUAUGUGAUGCAUGUCACACGGGAUAGCUAUACUCAGUACAAACACGAAGACACUGCAGUAUUUCAACAGUGGUUGCCUGAAUAUGGAGAGGGAGAUUUUAAGGCUGUAGCCGACUUCAUUGAUUUUAAACUUUCUAUAAGUUCAGAAGUGACUGUCGUAUUCAAAUGCGACACAGUUCACAUAUUGCAGUGGAGAGUAACAUAGAGAAAUGGGCACAAAUGAAGUGCUGAAUGGGUCGGACCUCUUUGUUAAUGGCAGUAACAACCAUGAGAAUGUAAGUGCAUUAUCUAACUAUUACGCAGUUUGGCUGUACAAUGAAAAAGCGUUUGAGGCUAACAAGCCUGUCAUGAGUUUUCUAAUCAUCAUGUCUAUACUGGGAAUGUUCGGAAAUGGAUCUGUAGUGUACAUAUACAGCUGUCGGUUCAAAAGGAAUACGAUGAAUUAUUUCAUUCUUUUGUUGGGGAUAUCUGAUGUUAUUGGUGCGUUUACAUUGAGUCUGGAGGCUGUGGACAGAAGAUUUCCCAUGUAUUCCGGCAAUAUUCCAGCUCUGUGCAAAAUUGUUCGCUUUGUCGGGAAUAUCGUGAAUAUAUGGUCUGCUGGAAUCUUGGUUUGCAUAGCAUUUGACCGUUACUACAAGAUCUGCUACCCAAUGAGAUCAUUCACAAUGAGUAAAGCCAAGAAACUGUGUGCCGCAGUGGUACUAGGAGGCUGUAUUGGUGCUUGGCCAAUCAGUAUCUUUCAUGGGCCAGAGAUGGUAAUGACAAAAAUUCCAGGUGUGUACGGAAUGGACUGCGCGGAUGACGACAACUAUAAAGACCUUUUGGUAAGGCCGUUAUAUUUCGCCACUCUCCUGACUGUAAACCUCAUUAUUUUUAUCACGAUGGUUGUUAUGUAUUCCUUGCUGUAUAAGGAGAUUUGGAAAUGGAAGCACAAGAACGUCGGGGAAGACCUCAAUAAAAUAAAGUCCAGGUCUGUCCGCAGCAUCAGCAAUGUUUCUAUGGACAAGCAUAUACAUUUCUCCGAGGCAGACGAGGUCUUCACAGACCAUUCAGGUAGUGUCAAAGAUUAUAACUUGUCCGAUUUACAUGGGAUAAGUCUUGUAAUACCUGUAACGCAUAAUAAUGUUUUUAAACAGAACGGGGUUCAAAACAGCAAUGGUGAAGUUCUAGUGUCAUCGAAGCACAAUUCCUCCUCGUUAGAAUCAUUUGACAGUCUAAGUAGUGGUGACGAUAUGGACCUACAUGAUGGCAUGGAAAUGCAUCAGCAGAGAGAACAUGGCUCACAACUAUGUCUCAACAACUCUCUACACCGUGACGACGACGGCUCCCAGGAUGGUAUGCAUGAAGGAGAGCAUCUAAAUCUUACCUUCUCUUCAUGUGAAAGUGAUAAAACGGAAAAUUCUACAAAACAAAAUGGAACAUCACAUAUUUCCAAUGGCCAUUUUCAAAACAGUCAUUUAUAUGUUACACACCUUACAGUACGGAAUACACCAAAUUCUUCAUUACAAAGUUCUCCCAGAGAAACUGAUACCAUUAACAGAACAAAAUCUACCAGUGCCUCUGAAGAGGAAACUUCCCGGAAGCGUUCUAGAAGUGAAUCCCUGGUUUCCCAUUUCUCGUCAAUUUCUAGUGCAUUCAAAAAGACACUGUCUUGUAAGUCUAACAGCAGUAUGAAGCAGCGAACACCAAAAUCCACGGCUAGUCUUGCUCACAGUACGUUCUUGUUUGCUGUCAUCACCGUAACCUUCAUCCUCAGUUACCUCCCUUUCUUCAUCGUGGAGUUAUUGACAACCACAGGUACUUUGAACAUGAACGGAGACCUUCCUCUGGGUCAUAAACAAAUCCUCAGGUUGUGUAACUCCUCAUUCUGUGUCAAUACUGCCAUUAAUCCCAUUAUUUACAGUAUUCUUAACCCUGCAUUUAAAAGGCAGCUUAAAAUCAUCUUUCUUGGGGAUAGUUCUCCUCCGAAGCGAGGUUUUCGUGUCAAUGAAAUAAAGUAGUGCCAUAUAUUAACCAUCAAGUGAUAUUUACCAAUCCAGACUUUCAUUCAAAUAAAUAAGUCUAUCACAAGUAAUGUUUAAAGAUACUUUGACUUAAACCAUGUUUUCCAUACAGCUUAUCAUGACCAUUUGAACAAAUAUCCUUGAUAAUCAGUUGUUUUUGAACUGUUUUCGAUUUACCCUUGGCAAUGUGAUAUUUACAAAUACUCAUCUGAACUCUGACCUUUGACUCACUACUUUUGUUCGUAGAUACAGGGGUACCUAUAGUGUAUGCCAUUUGUAUACUCUAGAGUAAAUGUACUGGUAUGUAUUUUGUGUACAUGUUCAUUUUAUGUGUGUGGUUUCCCAAGGAUGAUUUUGAUUCAAUCCUGACAUUUUUGCAUCAGUUAACUCAUUUACCCCUGAAGACACAUUUGAACCCUUCCAAUUCAAAGGUUGGAAUAGUUCAUUAUGAAACUUCAGGGGUGAAUGUGUUAAAUAACCAAUUAUCAUUAUCAGUAUCAGAUAUAACAAAACAGACAAGUUGAUUAUGGUUUUAUCAGAAAGGUUAACCCCAAACCAGGAAAGGAUCCUGCACUACUGACAAAAACUGUAGCUAAUCCGUUGGCUGGAAACUGUUUCCCCCCCCCCCCGGCAUGACUUUAUCUUAAGAUCUUUGAUUUAUCAUUUCUGAAUAUAGAAACCAUGCCUUGCAGGACUUUAUGAAAAUGUUAAAAUUACUCAAAACAAUCAAUAACAGUGUUCUGAAAGUAAAACUUUAGCAUGGGCAGACAAAGAUUUGAACCCUAGACCUCAAAUUGUUAUACUGUUACCAUACAUGCCAGAAUUCUUGGACACCAAUCUGUGAGUGUUUACAAUCAUUUUAAGGGAA